UGGUGGACUGAUUCACGUUCGAUUUUGUGUUUUUUGGUGGCAUCCUUCUAAACCGGGAAACCUUCCCUAUCCACACAAACAAACGUGUUCACGGUGAAAGGGAAGCAAAAAAAAAAUGGCACCCCAUAAAUAAUAAUUGCCAUCAUGUGUAUGUGUAUCUACACGGUUUCGGUUCCGGUUGCAGAACGGGGCCAGUAAAGGAAAACCGUCGGUGGCACGCAGAACACAACGAGGAAACAUUAACGCAAUCGUAUUUCAGUUGAUUUAUGCUACCGCGGUGCACAAAACUCAUCCCGGCAAAAAAAGAAAAAAAUAAAUUGUGUGGGCUUUUGUGAAUUUGUGAAAAAGAAGUGCAACCGAGAGAGAGAGAGAAGGGGAAAAAGAAAUAAUCAUAAAAGUAAACCCUGAAGUAUGGGUCAGCGGAAUGGCGGAAUAGAAAAGAUACAAUGUGACACAUAUGUAUAUCGUGGACAUUCGCGGUCUAUUACACCUACAGCUAGGCAAGCGCAAGGUAGAAUUUUCCCCCCAGGAAUGAUUUGCGAAAAAAAAGGUUUAGAAAAUAAAAAAAAAGAAAGGUGACGAAUCGUAAUUAUCCCGUACAUAUUGGAGAAGUGACCUUCUGAUACUACCACCGGGGUGAGUACCGGGACACUUUCGCGCGCGCGUUCCAACAAAACCUCCCCCUGCGUUAAAUGAAAUUGCCAACGGGGAAAAAACCAUCCCUCCACCUGUAAUGAACAUAUGAGAUAUGAAUUUCAAUUAAAACUGAAAAGGUUCACUUGUGAACCUGUGUCGCGGUACAAAGUUUUCCUUGUUGGGGUUUUCCAUUUUAGUUUUUUUUCUCUUUAAAUAUAUGUUGUCAGUGAGCGAAAUAUUGCACCUUUGGCUUGGUCGUCGUUCAGGUCGAGCUCGCGCGCUCCGAAUGAUUAGUUGGAUGCACGAUUUGGUUUUUACUUUUGCUGUUUCCUUUUCUGGUGUCUAAAGUUAUUACCGUUCGUGGUGCCUUUUUUUGUUUUGCUUCUACCAUAACACCACGUUUUGUGGUGCGAAACAAAAACCUUGCGCCGCUAGUUGUGUCGUGGCAAAAGGUGUCAGGAUGUAUGAAAAAUGCAUCGCUUCAUCUGCAGUUUUGUCAGAUCGACUUCACGUACAGACACACACACGUUGGGCGCUGAAUUUGUGAUGAACGUGGGUUCCCUUCGGUUGGUUCGAUUUCGGAGGGGGAAAUUUUAGGAUUUUUCCCCGCCUUUCCUAUCUAACAUUGUAUAGCGGACACAGGGUGGAUCAGAAAGAAGAAAAAAAUCAAAACACACCGUAUGAAAAUUCUCCACGAUCUGUCCCCGGCUAGAUGGUGAUCCUGUAUAGCGUAUAAAUAUAAAUAAAAAAUAUCCUUCUCUGGCACAGGUGCGCAUACGGUUAGCUGUUUUCAUUGGGGUCGCGGUCUCUGGGUACUCUCGUUUCACGUGUCCAGGUGUGCGAACAUUAUUAUUCAUAAAUGUCUGCAUCAUCUCGCUGAUGGCAGGAAUCCUGAUCACCGAUGGGACAUUUUUAACCCCCCAACGCGUGCAUGUGCAAAAUGGCGCACAGCGAGAAAAAAAGGGAAAUUCUCUAAUCCACAGCUGUCAGAGCGUCGUUCGCAAUUUUCAACCAUCUACGGUGGGCCAUGUCAUUUCGCAAAUUCCCGGAUUUUUUUUGUUUUUUGAGGAGAAACUAAUUCUAGUUAGUUUUGAAAUAUUUUUGAACCCAAUUUUUUCCAAUAUCUCUUCUCACGAAAUUCUUCACGUUUGAUCGAUCGCCUUUGACACACAAAUGUACGUCACAGCGAGUCACAUAGGGGACAAAGAUGAACGAAAUGGCGGAGAAGGCAAAUUAAAUGGCGGUUGAUUUAUGAUGCGUUUCAUCGUGCGCCGUCUAUAGCGGGACAUUAGCUACCGAUUUAUGCAACUAAAUUGAAUGCCCGUUUCGAGACUGCAAGAUAUGAUCCAAAUUUAUAGCAUCCCGUCAUCCUCGUUGUGUAUUUGUUUUCCUUUUUAAUCGAUGAAUUUAUAAUCCCAUUCAUCUCUUCCUCCUCGCCGUCCGGAUGGUUUGAUAAGUUGCAUUCGUUUCCAAGCAGCGUGAUGCACGCAGUACUGCUACUACUGUACCAUUAAAAUAGUUUAUUUAUUAGGGCCACCCUUUUUCUUUUUGUCCCCAAAACUUUCGUGACACUCCCCAGGAGCUGGUCCCUUUUGCAAGAUUUGGAAACCCUCACCAGGGGCGGUUAUAUCGGUUCAAAUUGCUUGCCCGAUAACCGAACGGAACCGAGCAGGCAACGAGAAUAGAGCGAUAAAUUCCAAUGUUUACACUAAUCAUGAGCGAGCUACCCACGGUUGGAACGUUUCUUUACAUUUAAUUAAAACAUAUCAUAUUAAUUUGUGGCAAAAGGUCGUCAGCCCACGAUUACGAUUGGAACUAGCCGUCUGUCCAGGGUUAACGUAAUCAUAACCGAUAAGAGAUCUGCUAGACCUUUAGGCGGUUGUGGUAUUUUGUUGGUAAUCAUUCCUCCUAAAUCUGUCACAGCUUGUUCCGAUGGUGCCGCUCAUCGCACGGCUGGGGGUCACGGCUUCCAGCAAAAGCGCAAGCACCCUAGCAAGAAAAAAAAACCUAUGGCACGGUGUGCCAGAUGUGCCCAAUCGGGUUUGGGAAAAUAUUUUGCAUUCUCGUUAAUUAAGCGAGAAACGUUCGGCUGUGUCAUCGUUAGCUCGCAAAACACCAAUCAACAACUCGCGAAUUCCGGACAUUCAGCACAGGAAAACAUCUCCACAAAGGCGCCUUUUCAUUGUGUUGGAAUAGGAUUAGAAAAAAGUCGUUUUUUUUUGGGUGCGUUUAUUCUAUUUCCAUGUGUGUUUUACAAUGUCCCCGUAGUCAGUAGCUGGAAGGGGUAAGCAUAUGAGUUAAAAUUCACCCCAAUAAAUCUGGGAUACAGUAUACCUACUGUUCUCUACAGUUCUCCAGUGCUCUAUGCAAAUGGCAAAGAUCCUCAAAAGCUACAACUAAAAAGUAAGUCUAAAGCUAAAGCCUCCCAAAACCCGAACGCUCUGCCUAAUACGCUCCAAAAAUUCCAAACAGUCCAUAAGAAAUAUGCCCAAAUUUAUGACAGUGUUGAGUCAUUAAUGGAUCUGGGCUGCGUGGAGUGGAAGUUUUUUGGAAAAUGCCUGAAAUUUAUUAUCCAAUCAAGCUUGUCUGGGUAUUGGAGGAGAGGAGUCGGCGAUUCCCAAGGUACACGAGGGACACAGUCCGCAUUAAUUCCGAAACACGCCGAACGGUAUCUUCGGCAUGCAACAACCGGGGCAGCAUUCCUAGAGAACACCAGCUUACGCUUUUACGUGGAAUCUCCCGUCGACGGGAGGGACAUAGAUAUACGCUAUGGCAGACUGUGAAAGCGGUAUCGCCCACUUGCUAGAAUAAGCGCCACCGCAAAGGGGUUGCCAUAGCAGGUAGCAAGGUUUUGAGUCCCGAUCCACCCCACUGAAAGAAAAAGGAAAACCGACCGCUUUUUUGCACUUCGUGAUGACCCUUUUUCCAAUAUUUUGACCCUAGUAGUACCCACUUGGCAGAAAUCGCAUGAGAGGGGGGAAAUUUCUUCAUUCUCGCUACCCCUGACCCUCACUUUCGAGCGAUCGUACGACAAACUCUCACUCCACCACCCUACCUCACUCACACACGCUCCCAUAUUCUAUGUAAACCCUCACCGCAACCUGCGUCACCAACCCACCCCACACCUGAACGGUCCCAUACUCGAAGUGUUAGACAAUUUUGGGUUCCACACUUUGAAGCCUGUCGAGGAGUGUGGCACUAUAUUGUUUUUCGCUGUCUCCUUUCUUUCACUGCAAAAUUGCUUUUGCCCUGUCUUUGGCGUAUUCAUAUGAGUUUGGCCUUUGGUGGAGGCGGAGGUGUGUGCGCAAGCGUUAUCGUGUUUUGUGAAGUGAUUCUUUGCUCCGUGAAUCCCAUCGAGUCGAUCAGCUGAUGGAAAGAGUUUGGCCGUGAAGCGGAAAGGGUGAAGCCGGAGUUAAACCGCAGGAUGGCAGGACAAAUCACAUCGGAGAGAGUGCUGAAUAUUCGACGUCUUGAGAGAAACCUCUGCCGAACAUAAGAACCCCAUCCCACCGUCCGCUUCGCAGAACGCCGGCAGUUUUUUUACCUGUUCGUCGCAUGAUGAGCGUAUGUGCAAUAAAAAAAGGGAUCGUAUGUAUUUCCUGGUAAUUAUUUCGUUCACGGUCGUGGUGUGUUCGGGACGAGGGUGUCCCGAAUGCAGCAAUAGGAAAGAAAGGGAAAGCGAGAAAAAAAAAGCGAAGGAAAGAACGGGACACACUGAAGCUUAUUAGGCUACCAACGCUUAUUAUAAAUAAGCCUGCAAGCUUGCAGGCUAUAUACAAGCGUACAUACGGCAUACGCCCCGCCCCUGUACCCGAUUCCCCCACCCCCGCGAACGAUCCACGAACGAGGCUUACUAAGUUGCUAGUAAGCCUUUAAUAAGCCGGCUAAUAAGCCGCAAUGUCGUACGACUUUUGCCAAGUGGGUAGUACCCUGGUACUUACGAAACCGAACCAUUAGAUGUACUUGAACUUCGUUUUUCCCAUUUACCCCUUUACACGGGGAGAGAACCGCACGAACUCCUUCCCAUUAAAGUGUCAUUUCAAAUUACAAAAUUACGUCUUCAGACCGGUGCCGGAUCCGUUUUACUGGCCGUAGUUUCCAAUUUCCAUCUGUGACGACGCGUACAUGCCCAAUUGCUUCUGACAGUGGCCAUAUUAGCCACGCCAUGUGUACCAUAUGUGACCUGCUUAACCUCCCCCCAACCCAUCGGGGAAAGACUAAGCAAAGAGAGCAAACGGUGCAAACACACACGAUGCCCUUUUGCAAAGUUCUUCAACUUGGAAUGGCCAGUGGGAAAAAGGCUAAAGGAACGAAAUGAGUUUUCGGUUAACCGCGCCGUGUCAUAAAUAAAGGUUAGCUUUAGAUGGUCCAACGUUCUAAACCCGAAAUGGAGGUACACAUUUGCCCAAAUGAGAUUAUUGGAAAAAAGGGACUGGGAAAGUCAGAAACUAGUGAGUAACUUCCAGUUUUUCUCCUUUUGUUGAAAAAUUAAUUGCAGAAGUGGUCAAAAUGUUCCAAUUUAGCAUUCUAAAAUUAGUUCAACAUUGGCUGAGUUAUAAAACAUAUUCAAGGAUUAAUGUCUGAUUAGUCCGAAACACCUCAGCAAGGGACGGCUGUACUCUCCAUUUUCAGCUGUUCCAUCUGACCAACACACGCAGAACAGCGGCAAACUACGCCCACGUUGCACUUCUCCGCUGCGGCCAGAAAAGACAGACUUACCCUCCCGUGAAAAUCAUAACCACAAAAAACACAGGCCAACAAAAUUGCAAUCCGGAAUUGCAGCCGAAAUGUUUGCCGACCUUCUCUCAGGGAGCCGUCCCAACAGCAGACGAUGGAGCGAAGGGUGUGUUUCCCCUACCGCGUUUAGCGAUGAGCAAGGGAUAAAUUAUGUUCGGCGGAUUCGUGUCACACAGACACUUGUGCAAGAUGCAAGAGUCCGGCCAUACGGAAAUUAAUUAUCAAGAUUUUGCACACAUCCCCUUACCACUUUGUGUGUGUGCGUUCCCUUGAACUCGAUUCAACGGAGCUACUAGUGAGACGAAGCGGUCCCAACUGUUUUGGCAUCCUGUCAACACGGUACACGCUGGCCCAGUUUUUGGUAGUUGCCUAGUUUUUUGUUGAAACUCCCGUCAAGCAAACUGGCACUUCUGGCACACAUUAUCACACCUCAUGUACUCCAUGGUACACACAAAAUUCAAUGAUUUACGGUGCAUGAAAUAUAGACACAAGAAGACCAAAAAAACAGCAUAUCUUUACGGCAAACUCACAGACGAUACUUAUCAAAAUUCCCACUAAAUCGCCGCCAACUGAUACAGUGCAGUGUUCGAAUUUAUCGUAACUCUGCUUAUCAUACUUUCGCGCGACCGAAUGUUUCAGAGUUAAUCCCGUUAAUCCUGCUGGCAAAAUGAUCUAGAUAUAGGAAUCCGACAUUCGUACAUCCAGAGUGCAAAUGAGUCGCACAACAGUGGCGUAGUUAGUUAUGUUUUAACGUUCCACCGAAGUUGGUGGUGAACUCAGUGAUACAUUUCCCCUGCUGAAGACACACAAUGGAUAGAAAAGUGCGAGUAGUUAGCAUCUUGCUCGGUUGUUUGGUGCUCUUUAGCCAUGGAGAACCUAUGGACGGUGGGUUCUUGGUCGAAGGUGGACAGGACGAGAUGUUGCGAGUGGAGGCGAACGCGAUAAAUUCCUUUCCGAUGGAAGAAGAUCCAGGCAACUUGCCCAUUAAAGGAUACAAGCUGCCUGAAGUGAAUCCUUUCCUGGUUGGAGGUGGACCAGCGCUAGCGGGCGCUUACCCGGCUCAGGUUGCCAUACUGAUCGGUCUGACAUCGUUCUGCGGUGGAUCGAUCCUGAACCAGAAUCACAUUCUCACCGCGGCUGGUUGUGUGCUGGAUGGGAAUAACCACUUGAUCGCCGCCAACCAGGUGACGGUACGUGCCGGUGUACUGACGGUGGAUCAAAAUGCACCGGCCCUUGCCGUCAACCGGAUCUUCCCCCAUCCACAGUACAACCCGUGGACGUUCGAGAACGAUAUUGCCGUGUUGCGGUUGACGAACAAUAUCGUGUUCCCGCAAGUUGCCACACCGAACAUGGCACCGGCCGAACUGAACCAUCGGAUCGUGCGUGAUUCUGAGGUUUGCCAGGUGUUGGGCUGGAACUGGUUGCCAGCCGCCCAGAAUGUACCGCUGCAGGUGUUGAAUGUAGUGUACGCACCGCGUGCUACCUGUACCAGCCAGCAUCAAGGAUUGCUGCGCGAUUCGAUGGCCUGCACGGAACUUACGGCUACGGCGCACGGUGUCUGUGCGGCGAACCGUGGAGGUGGUCUGUACUGUAACGAUCUGCUGACUGGUGUCGUCUCGUUCGGGUUCGGCUGUGGAGCGAACACCACGUACACGGUGUACACACAGGUCCGAUACUAUCAGCACUGGAUACAGCAGCAGUUUAUACGCACGGAUACACCAGUCGCCGGUCCAACUCCGAUUCCGGGUGUAGGUGGUGGCGGUGGCGGUGGCGGCGGAGGUAACGCCAGCACUAUUACCCUGUCCCUAGCAACCAUCAUCGUAGCGAUCGUAUCUGCCCUCUUCCUUAACUAAAUAAAAACCCCUAACAAUCGCCACACCAUCAGUAUCAAUAAAGUGUCCGUUAUACUAAACGAAACCAAAUAAAUGUACAACAACAGCUGUAGUGACACAGAGAAACAACCAAAAGCUAAAACUGUACGGAUUUUUAUUUUCUAACAGUUCAUUCGCUCACAGAUCAGUGCUUGGGUGGGCACGCAUUAGGCCAAAGAUAAAG